UCUAAAGCGCACACGAAGUCGGUCGGCAGCUCAGUGUUUUGCUCCGUCGACAGCAAGCACGAGGCGGAGAUAUACGCUGAAGGGGUUGUCGCAACGUCGGACUCGAGCGCCGCGGUCUAGUUUACCGGACGCACUCGCAUGGCCGCCUUUACCAAUUGCGACAUCACGGGUGCCGGCCCUGCUACCGUCAUCUCAUCACCUGUCAAAUCCGGCGACUCGCCUCAGACACUUCUCAGAUUCGUGAACACUCAUCUCUCCGCCACCGGCAACCGGUCACCGAUAUUCCUUCUUGCCAAGAGCGAUGCUGACAUCCACCUCUAUAACACCAAGUUGACACCGUCCGCUUCCAAUCUCAUCGCUGCCACCGCGUGUUAUGGAGCCCUGGAUAUAUCCUUGACAGCUGGAGAUUGCGACCCCUUUUCGGCUACAUUUACUAUAUCGGAAUCCAAGCUCAACGGCGAUGUUGAACCUCGGUGGCCUUCCACGUUUGUCUGGGCACUCGACACUUAUACUGCCUGGACAGGGAGUGUCAGGAUGCCCGGCAACUCAACCGUGUGCCCUCAGAUAAACAUUUUCCUGGACGACACAUCCACGUGGAACGUCACCAAGGAAAGCUAGGUGCAGACCCUGAGGACCCCACGUCUUGACUUGUCGAAUAUCUAUGCUGGCCCGGGUGUCAUUGUUCACUACAACGCCAGUGCCCCUUACAAUGCGUACCUGGGGGGCAAGAGAUUUGUUGCACAAGGCGGUGGCUCUGUAGAGCCAUUCUAAUCUCUGGCUGUCCGUGUGCGCGUUGGGUUGUUGGGGAAAUGAUCACUCGACUCGAUGUUAUUUUUACGAAGUUUCGGAUGGACAAGAUC